UUUAAGAUGAAUAUAGUGGUAGUUAGAUUAAGGAAUUGGCAUUGCCAUGUUGUGUGAAAGGAUCUGAGAAAUAUGGCCUUUUAUGUUCCACCUGGACUUGGGAUAUGCAGUGUGAUUGAAUAUGUGGAUUGCAUAUGAAGUAUAUGAUGAUAAUGUGAUUCAAUAUGAUUGGGAUUGUGGUUGUGUAUGCGGAGAUUGCGAUAAUUUGGGAAUAAGAAUUUGGUGUGGGUAUAUGAUAUGAGAUGGCGUGGUUGUAGUUGAUUGUGCUUGUGAUUGUUGCGUGAUUAUAUAGCCAUGGGACCGCUGGAUUCGGCGGAUUACAAAAUGGGUCAGAUUGACCGCUGGACCCAGCGGAAUACAAAUAGGGCCUGAUCGGUCGCUGGACCCGGCGGAAUAGAAAAAGGGGCUCGAUCGGCCGCUAAGACCCGACGGAAUACAAAUUGAGGUCGACUCUUACCGCCAGAGGUUAAUAGGCGGCCCCCGCUUAUGAGAUGUGGAUAUUGGAAGUUGAGAACGGUAUGAGCGAGAUGUGCGGGGUCACGGUACCGUCAUAACUCUGUUGCGAGGAAAUGCAACCCUAUAGCUAUAUUGAUUUGGUUGUGUUGUUUAUUGUUUGUUUGGUUGGAUUGCUGUAAAUGUGAUGAUUGUUAUGAUUGUCUGAAUUAUUAUGUGGAAGCCGUAUUGUUUGCUAAUUUGAUUUAAUUAGGCUAUGAGUGCAAGAUGAUGUUGGGUUAAAUGUUAAUUCUAAUAAUAGUUUUAUAUGGUUAUAAGGGCAAGUGAUUGUUGAUGAAUGAACUUAUUAAUCAUUUGUACGUAUUGUCUAAUAUGUCGUGUUGGUGAAUUAAUUGAUAGAGUUGGUUAUGCUACUACUAUCUAUAUGAAUAUUUGGUUGUCUAAAAUAUAUUUAUCACUUAAUAUUAUUCAUUUUGCUUUGGAAUUUAGUGCUCACUAAGAUGCAGCUCACACCCUGCAUAUAUUUUUCCAGAUAAGCUUCUAAUUGCGCGGAAGAACUACUUUUUGAUAUCGGGGAUCAGCUUGGAGAACUAGGUAGGAACCUUAGUUAUUUGAUAGAUAUCCUUUUUGUACAGAAUGGACUUGAAAAUGUUACAACCUGAAACUUUUGUUUAGUUGGUUUAGCAAUAUAGCUUUGCUAGAAUCGUACUUAUAUAAACAUAUAUGUGAGAGCAUUUGUAGUAGUUGUAUAUUUUUUAGAGUUAUGGAAAGCAGAUUUUAUAUGAAUAGUUACGUGAUAAUGGAUGUCGAGGAAAUAUAAGGAAAAUUCAGCUGAAAUUUCGGGUCGUGACAAUUUGUGAGCAGUUUAACUCGAAGAUUGUGAAGUUUAGAGGUAAGCCAAUCAUUACGAUGCUUGAUGAUAUUAGAUAUUAUUUGAUGGGGAAUAUGAAUAAGCACAGAUUGAGGGCAAAUAGCUUUGUGGGUCCAAUUUGUCCAGUAGCACAAAGUAGGCUAGACAAGUAUAGAAAGAUAGUUCAUAUUGAACCCCUGAAUAGGUUGGUGAUGCAGCAGGUUACAAAUUUUAAAUAUGGAAAAGGCCCCAAUGUAAGGUGGUAGAUUUAGGUGCUGGGACUUGCAGUUGUAGAAUGUGGCAGUUAACUGGGAUACCAUGUGCACAUGCUAUUGCUUGCAUGGCUUACAAUAAUGUGGAACCCGAGAAGUAUGUUCAUUCAUUUCUACUGAACGAUGGAGAGCCACUUAUGUCCCAUAGAUUAAACUAAUUACUGGUGAAAAUGACUGGCACCGCACUGAACUAUCACCAAUUGAGCCACCUGCAUUUAAAAGACCGUUUGGAAGGCCUAAGCAAAGGAGAAUGCAAUUUGAGGGUGAUGCAAGCAACUCUGGCAACUCCUCCAAGGCAACAAGAAAGUACGGUGAGACUCACUGCUCUAGAUGUGGAGAGGUCGGGCACAACAUUAGGAGAUAUACGAAAGAAGCCACUAAUGAUGCUCCAAAUAAGAGGGAAAACAGAAGAACAACUAGGGGUCCUAAUGCAUCUGAUUCGCAGGUUGAACCCCUAUUAGGCCCCUCAGGCCCCAUUGUAGGGUCUCAAGACUCUAUCAUCCUCGAGUCUAGCGUUCAACAAAGGCCUUUUAGCUUUGGAAUGGGGAUAUCAACAAAACAAGAUCCUAAUUGGAGGCCUCCAACACCAUUUAAUCCAUCUCCAAGUCCAAGCACAUUUCCAUUCAGGUUACCUGCAGCAGUGAUGGGUAGAGGCAAUUAGAGUACUCAUGCUUAUAGAUCCCCUCCUAUAAGGCCAAGAGUGCUUGCACCAGUUUCAACAGCUUCAACGUCAAGCUCAUCACAAGGAUCAAACACCAUCAGUCAAAGAUCUUGAGGAGUUAGUGGACAUAGGCAGUUUGUAUAGUUUUGACUGUAGUUUCACCAAAUUAAAUGUCAACAAGAUCUGCAAUAGUUGUAUGUUUAUGGUUCUGUAUUUUGUUGAAAAAGUUAAUUUGGUUAUGUAUUCUGUUGAAAAAGUCUCUUUUGUUAUGUAUUUUGUUGAAAAAGUGCAU